ACUCAGACAUUUGACCGACGAGAAAAGAAGUUGCACAGGUUUAAACAGAAGAUAAUCUAAAAAAAUUAUCUAUGUCGGGUAGCUCUGGUAUUUCGUGGGAGUCCCUCUCCUUGAGUUUUCGGAGUGGGGUGGAGACAUUUGCAUCGGCUGGAGGAUCGGGAGUUAAAUCCGUAAAAAUCGGUGCGGCGGAUAUUACGACAAUUGUCGCCUACUUCGUUUUUGUAAUGGGAGUCGGGCUUGUAUCAAUGAUCGGAGUCGAUACAUCGUCGGAAGAAGGCUAUUUCCUUGCUGGUAGAUUUAUGACGUGGCUGCCCGUUGGUGCUUCUCUCUUCGCAACAAAUAUAGGUUCUGAACAUUAUGUUGGCUUGUCGGGCUCUGGGGCUGAAGCUGGUAUCGGUGUUGGUGCAUUCGAAUUGAAUGCUCUCCUUUUACUGCCACUAUUGGGUUGGGUAUUUAUUCCAGUCUAUAUGGCAUCGGGAGUGGGUACUCUACCAGAGUAUAUGACCAAAAGAUACGGUGGACAAAGAAUCAGAAUGAUGUUAUCAGUUGUAUCUUUAGUUAUGUACAUAUUCACAAAGAAUUCAGUAGAUAUGUACUCUGGUGCUUUAUUUAUUCAACAAGCGAUUGGUUGGAAUCUUUACCUUUCGGUUGCACUCCUUCUGGCUAUGACAAUCCUCUCAACUCUCACUGGAGGAUUGGCUGCGGUUAUCUACACGGAUACCCUCCAAUGCGUAAUUAUGAUUUUAGGAGCCCUGGUUCUAUUCAUUUUGGGUAUUGUUAAAGUUGGAGGAUUUGAGGCCCUGUAUUACAAAUAUCCGAGAGCUGUUGCGGAAGAAACCGCUCAGUCUAUCGCGAAGGGUUACACUAAUCUCACCUGCGGCCUUCCACCUAAAGAUUCUUGGCAAAUGAUGAGAAGACCUGGCGAUCAUGAAAUGCCAUGGGCUGGUUUUGUAUUUGGUCAAACAACAUCUUCUUUAUGGUAUUGGUGCGCAGAUCAAAUGAUGGUACAAAGAGUUCUCGCCGCUAAAAAUUUGUCACACGCUCAAGGUGGUUGUCUAUUUUGCGCUAUUAUCAAGAUAAUCCCCAUGUUUGCCAUGGUUAUGCCUGGUAUGAUUGCCAGAGUUUUAUAUCCGGAAGAGAUAGCUUGCGCAUCGAAAGAAGCUUGUCAAGAGUUUUGUGAGAACGAUUACAGUUGCUCCAACAUUGCUUAUCCUAAAUUGGUUUUGGGACUUAUGCCAGCAGGUUUACGAGGUUUCAUGAUUGCGGUUAUGCUUUCAGCCACAAUGAGUGACUUGAGUUCAACAUUCAAUUCGGCCAGUACUUUAUUCACAAUGGAUCUCUACAAACACCUCAGGAAGAAGGCCGGUAUCAAGGAACUUAUGAUUGUCGGUCGUAUUUCUGUUGUUUUAGUCGUAGGUGUUGGUAUUGCUACGAUUCCUCUUAUUCAAAAGUUGCAAGGACCUCAAUUAUUUACAUAUAUCCAGUCAAUUACAAAUUAUAUCUCUCCAUCAAUCGCCGCCAUUUACCUUGUAGCAAUUCUAUGGCCGAGGUCAAAUGAAAAGGGAACAUUUUGGUCAUUGACUAUUGGUUUUGUUAUUGGCGUAAUUAGAAUGAUUCUGGGUUUCGUUUUCCGGGCACCAAAUUGCGCUGAAGACGAUACCAGAAAUCCAUUUUUCAAAAUACAUUACAUGUACAAUGCCAUUGGUAUAUUUUGGAUUGUAAUCAUUAUAAAUGUGGUACUAAGUCUGGCUACUGAAGCACAAGACAAAGAAAGAACGAUUAGAACUAUGUUCUUCACAAGAUACGAUAGAACAUUGAGAUCGGAUGAAAUCCCUGAAGACGAUGAACCAGUAUCUAAUGUGGUCGAAAGUAGCGGAAUCGUUGAUAAAAUCGAAAUUGAUGUCAAACCAGAGAAAUCUGUAGGCAAACGAAUUUAUGAUUUCCUGUGCGGUAUUCAAGAUGAAUCGGAGAUUGUAAAAAGAACCGCAAAGGAAAAAUUAACAACGUUGUUAGAAAGUACAUCAAUCAAUCAGAAGAGACACGAAAGAGUCCUAUUAAGUAUAGGAAUGAUAUUCACUGCUGUGAUCGGAGUCUUCCUCCUUCUAUUUUUCACAGUCCCUUUCGAUACAGAAGGAAGAGAUCCAACAUAUUAUGCCUGGACUUAA